UCGGAUAUUUACGAAUUGAACCGCUUCUUCUUCUCCGGCUUGUCUCUGAAACCACCACCACCACGCCUUUAACUCCGAUGCUGCGAGUUGCAAUCCAAAGAAUUUCGGGGCGUUCCACCCCGAUGAUUUUUCUUCCCGCGACAUCGGCGUUGUUGAGAGGCUGCUCCUAUGCUACAUAUGACCAGGUCAUUCCCAAAGGACAAGGAAAAAUAGCACACUCUGGCCACGUAGUGAAGGAUCAAUGUAAUAACCAAACGGUGAAUCUUUAUCCCAAACCAAAUGUUGGAGGUGAGCAGAAGCACCAAAUUGGACAAAAUGUCUCAAGAAAGGAUAAGAUUAAGUUUCUUGUAACCACACUUCUCGAUAUUACAGACAGUAAAGAAGCUGUCUAUGGCACUCUUGAUACAUGGGUUGCUUGGGAGCAGAGUUUUCCUAUUGGACCUCUUAAAAAUGUAAUCCUUGCUCUUGAGAAGGAGCAUCAGUGGCAUAGAGUUGUUCAGGUCAUCAAGUGGAUGCUAAGCAAAGGGCAGGGAAACACAAUGGGGACAUACACACAGUUACUACGAGCUUUGGAUAGGGAUAAUAGAGCGGAGGAAGCACAUCAAUUUUGGGUGAAGAAAGUUGGUGCUGAUCUACAUUCAGUUCCUUGGCAGUUAUGUAGACUCAUGAUAGCAGUGUACUAUAGAAACAACAUGCUGGAGAAUCUUGUAAAGCUUUUCAAAGGCUUGGAAUCUUUUGGCCGCAAACCUCCAGAGCAAUCAAUAGUUCAAAGAGUUGCAGAUGCAUAUGAGAUGUUAGGCCUUGUUGAAGAGAGAAAAAGGGUACUUGAAAAAUACAAAGAUAUUUGUACCAAGACGGAGAAAGAACGUAAGAAGUCCAAGCAGGCUUCAUUGAAGAAAAAGAAGAAUUCUGGGCGGGGAAGAUCGAGACAGAGACAGACAUCAGCAUCAGAUAACCUUGCCGGCACCAUAAAUGGGUCAGAAUCAGAGAGAUGAGGAUGGAAUUUGCUUCAUCCUUUAUAUGAACUGGUAACAUAAAGUUUUUCGUCGGCUAUUAUAUAAUAUACUUUUGGUUCCUUGGACAACUUGGCAACAGGAUUCUGAAUUUUUAUCAUUUGGAAAAUCAGUCUUCUGCAGAAUCCU